UUCGGCUUUGGGUGUCAGCCGCUUUGUAAUUUUUUAUUGUGAUAAAUAUAGAAAUAAUCAGUGAUAUCGUUUUGUAAGUGAAUAGAACAUGGUUUAAUUAACAAGUGAUGAGUUUGCUAUCGUGGUGUUUCGCGUAUUGUGUGUAAAAGACAGCUUCUUCCGCCAUGACAAUGGUUCACUUGGCCAGGAAGUGCUCCGUAACAUUUGCGCUUUAUUUUGGCUGUAUUGCACUAUGUUAUCCGGUUUUAGCUCAAGAUGCACCAGAAAUCCUGGACCUAUCAGCGCGGGGCGCGCUCGGCAACCAGUCCAACGUCAGCUGCAGCAUGUCACCGAGCGAGGCUGAUGUGGAGUGGAUGUUCAAUGGGGAACCUGUCGUUUUUGGCGAAAGAAUAAAGCAAUACAACGAAGAGAGGCUCUUACACAAAAAGGAUUUAGAUGGCAAUCAAAAGAAAUAUAAGUUAGUUAAUAUCACAAUUGCAAAUACGACAGCAGACGACGAUGGCAAUUUCACCUGUAUCGCCAAACUCGGAGACGCGAGGACAGAUAAAGGGGUCGUGUUAAACCUGAGCUUUCCGGGGAAACUGGUAAGAAAUACCCCUGGGCCAAUAAAGCAGAAUGUCUCCGAUCAGGCUAAUGUCACGAUGGAAUGCGUUUUUGAAGUUUUUAAACCCGGCGAGGUGAAGUGGUGGAAACGGGCUAAAGAUGACGAGAUAACGGAGCUGACGACGAAGCCGGCGAGUAAAAUUGGUCUCAAACAAAUCCAGAGUAUCUACGAUCUCCAUAUACGGAGUCCUGAAGAUAACGGCACAUAUGUCUGCCAAAUCUUUGAUACUGUUACCUCGACGAACAUUUCUGGAAACGUUGACAUAAUAGUAUACGCCCCGCCACAAGUUCUCGUGGAUACUGUUAUACCGAUCAGUGCGUCUCAACUAUUCCUUAAUUGGACGGUACGGUCUUACAACUCGCCAAUAAAGACGUAUAACCUUAUGUACCGGAAACUGCCGUCCACGGACUUCAGCCUGUACACGAGGGAAAAGAUCGGAGUUAAGAAUAUUUCUUUCGUGAUGGAAGGUCUGGAGAAGUCCACAAAGUACCAGCUCAAGUUGGAAGUGACCACGAUGCAUGGGCAGAGCAAACCUCAUAUAUACGAGUCGACCGUGCGGACCCUGGAUAAAGAUCCAAUUUUUGUGCCCAAUAUCGCUAUUAAUGGCUUCUCUGCUACGUCAGUGACGAUAGGCUGGGCUCCACCACCGGAGGAUAUAGCAGAAUUGAUACAUUAUUAUCUCCUAGAGGCAAGGAAGAUGGAUGAAGUAGCGCCUAGAAGAGCUUACCAUUCCAGGGAUAGUCGGAAUUUGCCCUAUAUGUUUGACAAUCUGGAACCACACAGCACUUAUGUGUUUCGGGUGUGCGCGUGCUCGGACUUCACGAAGCGGUGCGGCAACUGGUCGGGCGAGAUGCAGGCGGCGACGCUGGACGGCAUCCCGGGCCGGCCGGCCAACGUGAGCGUGCACUGCGCCAGCAGCUGGAUCAACCUCACCUGGCAGCCGCCGAUCAAGCCCAACGCCGAGAUCAAGGGAUACACGAUGGAACUAACCGGUAACGCCACGUACAGAGACCGAUACGGAACCAUUAAGGAGGCCAUGUGGGGACCGCUCACCAAGUUCAAGACUAAUGACUCCAGGAGUGUCAGGUUCGAAGAGCUGCAGCCGAACACGAACUACACGGUGCGGCUGAGCGCCAUGACGCGCACGCGCCGCCGCGGCGACGAGGAGACGCGCUACUGCGCCACCGCGCCCGCGCCGCCCGACGCGCCGCCGCGCCCGCGCUGGCGGAAGAUAUUAGAAAAUGAUAGGUACAUGUUCACGAUGUAUCUACCAAGGAUAUCGGAACGGAACGGACCCAUCUGCUGCUACCGAGUAUACAUGGUCAGGCUGCUGCCCCACUCCGAUUGGAGCAACUUGCCCCCAGCUCGGGACAUCAGCGUGCUGCAGUACGAAGAGGCACACGCCGUUCAGCCAAUGCUUGGGGCAUACAUAACUGAUGUUUUCUCGAACGACAGAUUCCCAUCUGACUCUGAGGUGAUCCUGGGCGACGGUAGAUCCAUCUUCGACAAGGCGGACCCCGCCCUCGCGCGGCCGGCCUGCAAGCGCUGCCUGCGCAGGCCGCGCAAGCCGCUCGACGCGCCCGCCGGGCCCGCGCGCGCGCCCACCGCCGCGCCCACGCCCACGCCCACGCCCACCGCCGCGCCCGCGCCCACGCCCACCACCAGGGACGACCUGUUCGACGACGAGCUGGACACCACCGCCGAUCCGGAUGUGGUGGAGAGGCGCGAGAGGCGCUCGUACGUUGAGGUGGAUAGGGAUUACAUGAAAAACCCGAUGAUGAUGGACAAGCUGGUGGACGAGGAGCAGGAUUGGGAGGAGGUGGUAGUUAAGGAUGGCCACCUGGACCCGGCGGCCAACUACACGUUAUUUGUGGAAUUGAUACCGGGCAGCGAGCGCGACGAGCCGGUGUACAGCGAGUACGUGAACGUGCUGACGCCGGCCGCCGCGCCGCGCCCCUCCGCCCACAACACCACGCUCGAAGUCGCUCUGCUGGCGACGUGCGCGGUGGCGGGGCUGGUGGUGGCCGUGAUGGUGGGCGUGUGCGUCGCGCAGGCGCGCUCCUCGCGCAAGCUGCCGCACGCGCACCUCGAGAUGAACCCGCUGCAGGCCGCGCUCAGAUACGUGGUAGGGCACAUAGGGCGGCAGCAGCUCGGCGGCGCGGCGCCCCCCGACAUGCCGCCCAUACCCGUGGACCAGCUGCCGGCCGCGUACGCAGAGCGGCAGGCGGACUCGGACUACGGCUUCCAGAAGGAAUUUGAGUUGUUGCAGAUGCUGCCAGAGUGUUUCCCGGAUCGCACCACGCACGCGUCGGAGGCCCGGGAGAACCAGGCGAAGAACAGAUACCCGGAUAUCAAGGCCUACGACCAGACCCGGGUCAAACUGAGCCCCAUAGAUGGCGUGCCCGGCAGUGAUUACAUCAACGCCAAUUAUGUUAUGGGAUAUAAGGACCCCUCGGAUGUUAAUCAGGAGCGCAAAAAGUUCAUCUGCGCGCAAGGCCCCACGGACACCACAGUGAACGACUUCUGGCGCAUGAUCUGGGAGCACGGGCUCGAGCUGAUCGUGAUGCUGACCAACCUGGAGGAGUACUCGAAGGUGAAGUGCAGCAAGUACUGGCCGGACGAGGUGCGCGGCACCAGGGCGUUCGGCGCCAUCACCGUGCACCACGUGUCGGAGAAACGGUAUUCCGAUUACAUCGUGAGAGAGUUGAGGAUAUCGAAGCAACCGCUAAACUCGGACGGACAACCAAUUGUGGAAAACAACGGAGUCGCUAAACGGAAUGGAGAGUGUGGGGCGGGCGGGGCGGGCGACGCGAGCGCGCCCACGUCGCCGCCCGGCAAGGCCGAGAGCCGCCUGGUGCGCCAGUACCACUUCCUCAUGUGGAAGGACUUCGCCGCGCCCGAGCAUCCGCACUCCAUACUCAAGUUUAUCAAGCGCGUGAACGAGGCGUGGUCGUGCGGCGUGUGCCGCUCGGUGGUGGUGCACUGCUCGGCGGGCGUGGGCCGCACGGGCACGCUGGUGGCGCUGGACUGGCUGCUGGAGCAGCUGCGCGACGCGGCCGCCGUCGCCGUCUUCGCCUGCGUCGCCGAGCUGCGCGCGCAGCGGAACUUCCUCGUGCAGUCGCUGAAACAAUACGUGUUCGUGUACCGCGCGCUAGUGGAGUACGCGCAUUUCGGAGAUACGGAGAUACCGGCGUCCAAACUGAAGAGCACCAUCGACAGACUGCGCAGCACGCCCGAGGGGAGCGAUAAGAGUUUGAUGGAGAUGGAGUUCGAAAAGCUGGCGGCGCCGCCGCUGGCGGAGGCGGGCAAGUCGUGCGCGGCGGGCGGCGGCGAGGAGCUGCGCGCGCGCAACCGCUCGCCCGACUGCCUGCCCUACGACCGCAACCGCGUCAUACUCGCGCCGCUGCCCAACCGGGACUACUCCACCUACAUCAACGCCUCCUUUAUUGAGGGAUACGACAACUCGGAAGGCUUCAUCAUCACCCAGGAUCCUCUACCGAACACUAUCAUGGACUUCUGGCGGAUGGUCUCUGAACAUAACGUGUCUACCAUAGUUAUGCUUAGCGAGCUGGGUGAAGGCAAGUGCCCGCGGUACUGGGACGACGGCACGGUGCAGUACGAGCACAUCGCCGUCGAGUACGAGGAGAGCGAGUCGUGUCCGUACUACACGCGGCGGCACUUCACCGUCACCAACAGCAAGAGCGGCGAGUGGUGCGGCGUGCGGCAGCUGCAGUACCACGGCUGGCCCACGGCGGCGGGCCACGUGCCGGAGGUGACCCGCGGCCUGUGCGAGCUGGCCGAGCUGGCGGCGCCCUGCCCCGCGCCCGCGCCGCCCCCGCCCGCGCCCCAGCCGGCGCCCCCGCGCCCCGUGCUCGUGCACUGCCAGUACGGCACGGAGCGGUCGGCGCUGUUCGUGGCGCUGUGCGUGCUCGCCUGCCAGCUGCGCCUCGAGCGCCGCGUGGACGUCAGCUGCGUGGCGCGCAAGCUGCGCGCGCAGCGGGCGCACACCAUCGACACCGUGCUGCAGUACGAAUUCCUCCACCGAGCCAUACUGAACUACGCGGAGUUACACAACCUGCUCGACGACAGCUAAGCGCCAUCCGCGAGCUCAGGUGUAACGAAUACUCGUCCAUAACUUUACUGUUCAAUUUCUGUGUCACUAAUUAACAGAUGAACUAAAUAAACGCACAAUAUGUAAGUGUAAAUCACAUUAAAGUGAAACUCUAUAUUGGUUUUGUAAUAACGCUUAGAGAGACACUUGUAAUGUCACAUAAAAUAGUGUCAAAGUGUGUGUUUUCUCAUUGGCCACACUAACCGAAACCUAAAAAAAGAAAACCAGUAACUAACAUUUGUAUACUCGUACAGUUAUUUUAAUAUUUCGAAUUUGCGCUAUUUUUAUACAAUUUUAAUAAAAAUGCGUGUUUAAACCAAAAGAAUGUCAUAUAACAUUAAAUAUAUUACCAACAACAAUUUCACUAAUAGGAUUGAUAAUUGAAUCUUUGUUUCUUUCUUUCUUUCUUUCAUUAAUAUGUGACACAGCAACUUCACAGUGAACUUGGCGACUAGUGCGAAGUUGUUUCGCCUAGGAUCAACUAGAAUAAUCCACAUGUAUUUGUAAUGACAAAGUUCGGACUUUCCACUCACUGACGAGAAAAUCUAUUUUGGUACACGUGUAUCUGAGGAACGGACAUAAGAAAUAAAAUAUAACCCGUGUCAUAGAAGGAUAGUAAUAUAAAACGACCGCCUGGUGUCUCGCUUGCACUUGAAUUAUUCCUCAACUCCAUUUACAGUCAGUGGGAAUAGGAUAGAAAUUAAUAAAUUAUUUAAUGUUUUGUAUGCACCGAUAUAGUUAAGAUUUACGUACGUUUAGUACAAAUAAUGAUAAAUGAAAACAGCAACCUAGGUGCUUAUUUUUAAUUCCAUGUUUUUUUAGCAGUUUCCCCGAAUGUGUAGAGUAGAUCUGACUUUUUUUGUUAUGUAUUUUGUUUUUAUGUUUAGUUCCGAUACGGUUUGUAGGUAAGGCUUCGCCUGUUGACGCUUUGUGUCUGCUUGACAUAUGAAUUGUAAUUAUUUAUAUUGGUACGUGACACUCGCGGGGUGUAGUUAGUGGCAUAUAUUUUGGUAACAAAAAUAGUAAAGGUAUUUAUGUAUGUUUUUGUGAUUUUUUUUUGCGAAAAUUAUAGGCAUGUGUUUAAUUAAAUUCUGAUUAUAUGCAUCUAUAUGUAUAUGUAUAUAUGCGUGUUUGACCUUUUAUGGGGUACAUCCCCAUAAUAAUUACAGUUAGGUCUCUGGCAAGACUAGCUGGUUUCAAAUAAUAAUUGCUACUACUAAACCCCCUGGUUUUAUCGACUACCAAUAGUAACAAUGUCCAAAGAGAAAAAAAAAUUGUAUUUAUUUUUUGGUAACGUAGCGGCCAUACAGAGCAUUUUUUUUUCGUUUUUUUUUUUUCAAUCGAAACCGUGUUAGGGUUUGUAAAACCUAAGGCCAAAAGUCUACCCCAAGCACAAAGGUGCGUGUGUACUGUAAAAAAAAAACAUUUGUAAAUAUGAAACAGUCGAAAUAAUUUUUUAUCAAGCGUAAUCGUGAAAUAGUUGACGUAAAUACAUGUUAUUGUAUUAGGUAACACUAUGAGAGUUAGUUAAAAAGACGUUUGGAUGUGUUAUAUUAUCGAGAAAUUUUUUUGGCAUUGUAAAUAACCAUUGACGGAGUUACAGUACGCACGGCGCCGGGAGUUUUCGAUGAAUUUUACAAAUUUAGUUUAGUCGUGGUCGGUUCUCGUUCACGCUGACUUAUUUUAGUCGAUUAAGUUUAACGCUGGUCUUAUAAAAGCGGGACAACGUACAAAAAUAGAUAGAUUUACCACAAAAAAUAUCAGCAUAGGGAAUACGUUCCCACGACCGAUUUUUAUUUCAUAAAUUCCUGACAUGUUUUGUCCUUGUCGUUUGUACGUUGUUAGAGCGAGAUGAGACUAGAGGUCGGCUAACUUCAGCCGGUGUCAACGGAACCGCCAUUGUAUGACUGUUUAUAUUCUAGCUAGGUUUAGAUUUAUAAGCUUUUGUAUCAAAUAAGCGAAACGUGUAACUGUGAUGUUAUACAUGUAUUAUGUAUACAAUUAAAUUAAUACUAGUUUUUUCGGUUUUCAAAAUAAUUUUUUGACGAUAACUAUAACAUGGGCUUUUCUACCAAUAGGAACUAUUCAGUAUACACUUCGAUCAUUUAGAAUAACACGAUCUGUAUAAAAGUUUUAAAGAAAAUAGCUUAUUAAAUCCACUAAAUAAAAUUAGCACAAUAUCAGAGAUAUAAAAAAAACUAUAGGCUACAGUCUAAAUGUUGAAUACAGAUUAUACUAAUUAUCUAGAUAGAUAAAAUAGAUAAGACACAGUUUUAAAAAUAUAGAACCUAUCAACUGUAAGUUUGCAUAUACCGGUAAAUAUCCCAUUGGAAUAUUGUUAUAGGACUUUUUAUUUUAAUCUAGAUAGAAUACGUCUAGUAAUAUAUGAGACAUGUCAAAAUUAGAAAGGUCAGUAAAGAUGAAUCUAGUCUUCUUUAAUUAGUAAGGCGUCCAUUAAUUACGGGUGCGCCCUAAGUACUAAAGUCUGGUAUUUUCUCUUACCGCCUAAAGGUCUAAAAAUAUUAUCACCAUCGGUAGUACAAAUAAAGGAAAACGAAUAGAUAGUUUAACAGAAAUUAUAACAUCACAGUUGCACCGAUGACUGUAUGAUGUAUACACGUAUUGUUAAGUAUAUUAUUAUUGUGUAUGCAUUUGAGAUUUUUAUAAAAUAUGCAUGCAAAUUUGGAAUUUAUUUCAUAUUUCACUUGAAACUUCUUCAAUCUUGGCGGAAUGACAGAAAUUGUCAGUAAAGUAUGACUCUUUGAUAGAGUAUAUUGCUCGUGUGUUAUUCUAAGCUUAAAGCUGUAAAGCGAAUUUCAGUCGAAUUCGUUCGAUAGUUUUUGUGUCGAAGAACAGCAAAUAUCUACAAAAACUUUAGUACUAUCAAUCUCGAAAAGACAGUACAAAAUUUUGUAUAACUAUUUUCUAUAUCUGAUUUUCUCUGUCUAUAUUCUAUGUCUAAUGAAAUUACCAGAAAAACUCGUACAUUAAUAUUUCUUUGUAAUUCGAAUUGUUUUUUCGCAUGUUUUAUAAAUAUCUCAAACGAUACAGGCGUCCUCUUGGACACUGGCUUGCGCGUAUCUCUGUGGUAUUAUUAUCGAGGCUUUUUUUCCUAUUUUUUUGUAACUAGCAGCCAUUUUGUUGCGUGAUUCACGCGAGUCGUUGAUGAUUUGCGUAUAAGAGGGAUCGUGUGCAGUAUUAAAUAUACUUUUUUUAAUAUCGUUAUGGUAAAUAUCAUGCUGGCAAAGACAAACAAUCACUAUGUAUACACUAUGUGGCAAGUUUUGUGUAAUAUGUUUAUUGUAAUUUUUUUUUUCUAUGCAGGAUAGAAAGGAUAAACGAUAAAUCAUGUACUUCAAAUAUGCAACUCAAGUUUGGGCUCAAAUCUCUUUUUUUCAUAAAAACAUUUAAAAGUGCUUGUUUUUUUUUUACAAACACCGAUUAGGAUAUCAAAAGAAAACAAAAUCGAUAUGUAUUAAAGAUAUUUUAAUUAUAAAGAUCCCAACGUUUAAACUAUAAGGUUCUAAAAUGAUCUCUUAAAAUUGUGUUCACUUGACCACGGGAUGCAAGCGGGCCAAAAGUGCGACUGACAGUGUGUAUUAGCUUAUAUUAAAAAUACGCUGUAGGUAUGUUACGACUUUUUUAUGAGAAAUUAGCGUGUAAGUUAGUUUUCGUACGAUGCAGCGGGAUUGCGUGUAAUGGAAUGCGUUUUGGCCUAAAAAUUAACAAAAAAAAAAAAAAUACAAAAUUUCUGUUAUAAAUACUCAAUUGGCGAU